AGCAGCAGCGGUGCAUCACCUUCUUCUUUAGCCUUUGCUUUUUCUCUUUUUGAAAGGUUUUUAUCGUACGAUGAGCGGCCCUUCUCGGGCGCCCUUCACGCACGGCGUUGCCGGCCGAGAGAUCAAAACCCGCGUCAAGUCAAACCUGGGUCAGCCGUACGCGAGUCGCUUCUAUAACCACAUUUGGACCUACCGCGUAGCGCAGCUCACGACGUCGAACGUGCGCCGCAUGAAGGAGUCGAGCAUCGCGAUGGGCUUCGACAGCGGGGUGGGGGGCAGCAGCAGCAGCGGCAGCAGUGGGGAGCAGCGCGCGGACGAGGAGGGCAACGCGGCGCUACCGGUACGGAGCGAUCUACAGCCGCAUGCCCUGCACAAAUUCUCUGGUGAGCAGGACUGGUCGAUCGUGGUCGCCGUGCCGAAGAGCUCCAGCCACGUGCGCAACCUGCUUGACUGCUCGAAAGGCAGCUUGAUGGUCGGUCACACGGACCCACAGCUCUUCCACUGGUUCAAAGAGCUCGGGGCACUGCCGCCGCGCUCCCUCCUGUCGGGGCCGAUGGAGCUCCUCAGCGGCGACCUGCAGGCCGAGGCGUGGGAGACCACCUUCGCGCGGCACCCCGUCAUCCACCGCCUUGCACAGGACAUGUGGGAAGGGGAUCAGAGCAAGUCCCCCGACGAGGCCGUGCACAUCGCGAAGCGGGAGCAGGAAGAGGACGAAAAGCGGAUGCGCCGGAUGAGCAGCAGCGACUGGCGGGCGAAGUUCCGCGAGCGGGAGCGAAACCCGACACGGGCAGAGGACGAGGAGGCCCCCGUCUACGUCGUUAAACCGGAGACAUUUUCCCUCUUUCGCAUGCGGCCCGAGGUGCGACUUUGGAUGAACGUGGCGGGGCAGACGCAGCGGGUGUGGGAGCCCGUGGUGCCCGACCCCGACCCCCUCUGCCGCUGCUCACACCGUUUUAUCCGGAUGCUGAACCUCGCACGGCAGAAGCUCGUCCCGUCGCUCAACAUGAACUUCUCGCUCAAGCUGACUAACGCCUUUGUUUUCGAGGUCGACGACCGCGGUAUGUGGGCGCUCGGCACGCAGGAGAACGUGGCGGGCAAGAACGGCGUCGUGAAGGAGGAGUGGAUGGAGUUGCGGCUGGACUUUGGGAAGGAUCAGGUCAUCAGCACGGAGCAGGAAAUGGAGUGGUGGGUGCGUGGGCUGACAAAGCUCGGUGCACCUGAGGUGUCUCAGACAAACAGCAGCGUCGACGACGCCGGACUGAACCCUGAGGACUUCGAUUAUCGUCAUAUCUGA